AUGAAAAGAUGGAUUAUAACAUUAAAUUUAUUAUUUUAUAUUACAAUCUUAAAUCAAUGGAAUGGUGCAGAAUCUCAUCCAACUUACUCAAGCACUGGUUCACCAACCUCUGGAACAGCUGCAGUCGAUUCUGGAUCUACUGAAUCAACACCUGCAGCUACUACAUUAACACAUAAUGGUACUGAGUCUAUUUCUACAACUCCUGAUGCUACUCAAUCAUCAGAUACAGCUACUACAGUAGCUACUCCUAUAGCUCUUGACCUCAAUACUAGUAAAAGUACUAAUGAAUUUGACUACACUGAUCAGAAUGGUGUCGUAACAUUCAAACCUAAUUCUGGAUAUGUAUUCAGCAAGGUAUCUCAGGGUACAAAGAUGGUUUGGGAGUCAACGAAUAAUGUUCAUGUUACUUUGGUAAGGACUAAAUCUGAAGAUAAUAAGAAAUACCUCAUUGUCCUACUGACUAAUGAUAUGUUUAAAGUAUACCAACUGGAGGGAAAUGAGUGGAACGAUAUCACUUCUAUGAGGCGUGAUAUUAGUAAGCUCAAGUUCCUCGGUGAUACUGAUACUCCGAUCAAGUCGACUGAUUACACAGUGAGUAUUAACUAUUUCUCAUAUGAAUUCAUAUUCAACGAUGGAGUCAAAUGUAAGAUGAUCAAAUAUGGUGAUCAUGAGGUUUGGAAACAUUCUGACGAUACCAAGUUUAAGAUGAUAAAGAAGUUUCGACUUGGUCUUGUUACAAACAGUUUUUUUGUACUUAAUGAAUCUGACUCAAAACAAGUAGCCAUCAAAGUAUCCCUUAACCUUAACAUUAGUGAGUCUACUGACCAUCAUAACUAUACUGACCAUAAUGGAGUUGUUACUUAUACUACUAAGGAUGGAUAUGUUUUUAAUAAGAUAGUUGAUGGUACUACAGGCAUUUGGGAAUCCAAGGAUGAUGUCUUUAGUUCUUUAGUAAUGUCAAAAACUAUAGAUGAUGGUAAAUACCUAUCCAUGCUACUUCAGGAUAAUAGUUUCAAAGUAUUCCAUCUGGAUGUUGGUGAGUGGAAGGAUCUCACUUCAAAGAGACAUGAUAUUACUAAACUCAAGUUCCUUCGAGAAGGUGAUACUGAGAUCACCAAGAAUGACUUUACAGUUAGUAUCGCAGAUUAUUCGUAUAGAUUCACUUUCAAUUCUGGAGUCAAAUGUAAGAAGAUUAAUUUUGGAAAUGCUGAGGUUUGGAAACAUUCUGAUGAUUCUAAGUUUGCUGAAAUAAUAUCAUUUUCACUAGGACUUGCCUCUAAUAAGUUGUAUGUUACCAAUCUUAAUGAUCAGUCAAAGCAAGUAGGUAUUAAGGUAACUCUUGAUAUCAGUAAGACUACCAGUACUGAUGAGUUUGAAUAUAAAGAUGAGAAUGAAGUCGUAACAUACACUCCCAAGCCUGGUAAUUUGUUUGAAAAGAUUGUGAAAAAAGGCCUAGUUACUAGUUCUGUAGAUGUUUGGGAAUCUAAAGAUAAUGUCUAUGGUACAUUGGUUAGGAUUAAGGUUACCAAGGGAGUUAAAUAUUUGGCUAUCUUUCUGGAUAAUAAUAUGUUCAUAUUAUUCCAUGAGGAGGCUGGUACUUGGCUAGAUAUCACCAAUACCAGACCUGAUGUUACUAAACUUAAAUUCCUUGGUGAUACUGAUGUUGAACUCACUUCUUCUAAUUAUACAGUUACAAUUAACUAUUUCUCGUAUGAAUACACGUUUAAUGAUGGAAUCAAUUGUGUAAAGAUCACAUACAAUAAUAUCCCUGUUUGGAAGCCUACUGACGACUCUAAGUUUGCAGAGAUAAAGUCAUUUCGACUCGGUUUUGCAUCAAACAAUUUCUUCGUUACCAAUUCAUCAGAUCAGACUAAACAUGUAGGUGUCAAGGUCGACCUUGACAUUUCCAAGACCCAGACCACCAGUGAGUUUGACUAUACUGAUGAGAAUGAAGUCGUUACUUACACCGUUAAGACUGGGUAUGUGUUCAACAAGGUAUCUCAGGGUACCACUGUUGUUUGGGUGUCUAAGGAUAAUGUCUUUGGUACAUUAGUAAUGUCGAAGUCUGUGGACAGUGUUAAAUACCUGGCUGUUUUAAUGACUAACAGUAUGUUCAAGUUGUUCAAUCACUACUAUUAUGAGUGGACCGAGAUCACUUCCACAAAGUAUGAUCUCACUAAGCUGAAGUUCUUUGGUAACAAUGAUACUGAACUCAAGUCUUCAAACUUAGAGGUUUCCUUAGUUGAUUUAUCAUAUACUUACCAGUUUAAUGAUGGAGUCAACUGUAAGAAAAUUAUGUUAGCACAUGAUGAUCUUUGGAAACACUCUGACGACCCUAAGUUCUCAUCAUUAAAGUCACUUUCACUAGAUCUUUCUACAAACAAGUUCUAUGUUAAGAAUCAGUCUGAUCAGAUAAAAGAAGUAGCCAUCAAAAUAUCCCUAGAUAUAUUUAAGACUGAGAGUACUGAUGAGUAUGAGUACAUAAAGGAUUUAGAUUUUAGGACAUACACUCCUAAGCCUGGUCAUCUAUUUAAGAAGAUAUCCCAUAGUACCAUUGAUAUUUGGCAAUCCAAAAAUAAUCUUUAUGCUACAUUGAUCUGCAUUAAGCCUGAAGGUGACUUGAAAUAUCUAGCUAUGCUUUUUCAGGACAAUAUGUUCAAACUAUUCCAUGAGCAGGAAGAUAAGCCGUGGGACAAUAUAACUUCUAAGAGACAUGAUGUCACUAAACUUAGGUUCCUUCGAGACAAUGAUACUGAAAUUACAUCAUCGGACUAUAAGGUUAAUAUUGUUGAUCUAUCAUAUACAUACAUAUUCAAUUCUGGUGUUACCUGUAAGAAGAUCACAUACAAUAAUACUCCACUGUGGUCACAUACUGAUGAUUCCAACUUUGCUUCAAUAAAGUCACUUUCACUAGAUCUUGCUAAGGAUAAGUUCAUUAUCACAAACCAGUCUGAUCAGUUAAAAGAACUAGAUUUCAAAACGACUCCAGAAACUCAAACUACUCCUAUUACUCUGGAUAUCGAGAAGACUGAGACCACUGAUGAAUACUCUUACUCUGACCAAAAUGGACUAGUUACUUUCAAUCCUAAGGAUAACUACGUGUUUAAUAAGAUUACUCAAGGCACUAAGGAUAUCUGGGACUCCGGUGAUGACGUCUAUAGUACUUUAGUAAUGACUAAGGAUGAUGAGAAUCAGAAAUACCUAUCCAUGCUACUUAACAAUAAUACAUUCAAACUAUUCCAACUUGAGAAUAAUGAGUGGACCAAUAUCACUGCUAAGAGACAUGAUAUUACUAGGCUCAGAUUCCUUGGUGAUAAUGAUGUUGACCUCAUGUUUACAGACUAUACAGUAACUUUAGUAGAUCUAUCAUAUACCUUCGUGUUCAAAUCUGGUGUCAAUUGUAAGAAGAUCAAGCUAGGAGAUGAUGAGGUUUGGUCUCAUAGUGAUGAUACUAACUAUGCAGAGAUAAAGUCAUUUUCACUAGGUCUUCCAACAAACAAGUUCUUUGUCAAGAAUUCCUCUGAUCAGUCUAAGGAACUUAAUGCUGUUACUGAAAUACCAGACGAAGAUGAUGAUGCUGAUGAUCAAGAUGAUGAUGGUACUAUAGAAGAAGACGAUGAUGAUAAAUCAGAUACUACUUCUAUAUGUUCUGACUUCACUGAAUCUACAUCUGCAGAUACUACACCAACUUCAGCAGUCAACAAGGUCUCUCUUGAUAUCAACAAAACUGAGAGUACUAAUGAGUUCGACUAUACUGAUCAGACCGAACUAAUCACAUACACUCCCAAGGAUAACCAUGUAUUCACCAAGGUAUCUCAGGGUACCAAAGAAAUUUGGAAAUCCAAGAAUAAUGUUCAUGUUACCUUGGUAAUGAUUAAGAGUGAUGAUAAUAAGAAAUUCCUAGCCAUACUCCUGACUAAUAAUACGUUCAAACUGUUCAAUUACGAUAAUGAUAAGUGGAAUGAAAUCACUAAAGAUAGACAUGAUGUUAAGAAGCUCAAGUUCUUUGGAGAUAACGAUGCUGAAAUUACUACGUCUGACCACAAAGUUACCAUUAUUGACUUAUCAUUUACUUACAUAUUCAACAGUGGUGUCAAGUAUAGAAAGAUAAAGUUUGGAGAUGUUCCUAUUUGGACUCACACCGAAGAUCCUGAAUAUGCAGAUAUAAAGUCACUUCAACUGGAUCUUCCAACAAACAAGUUCUUUGUCACAAAUACUUCUGAUCAGUCAAGGCAAGUUUCCAAACCUAUUAUUACCAAAGUCACUCUGGAUAUUGAGAAAACUGAGAGUACUGAUCAGUUUGACUAUACUGACCGGAUUGAUCUAAUUACAUACAAAUCUAAGGAUAACAAUCUAUUUAACAAAAUAACCCAGGGUACAGAUGUGGUUUGGAAAUCCAAAAGUAAUGUUCAUGGUACCUUGGUUAAGAUUAAGACUCAGGAAGAUGGGAAAUACCUAGUCAUACUACUUCAGAAUAAUAGUUUUGUAUUACUAAAAUUAUCUGAUAUACCUUGGAAGGACGUAACCUCUGAUAAGCAUGAUGUCACCAGACUCAAAUUAUUUGGUGACAAUGAUACUGAACUCUCCAAGACUGACUAUAAGGUUACCAUUAAUUAUCUAUCCUAUAAAUUCACAUUCAAACCUGGUGUCAAAUGUAGAAAGAUCACAUACAAUGAUAAUCCCCUGUGGACACACACCGAUGAUAAGGACUUUGAAUCCUUAAUGUCAUUUCAUCAGGAUCUUCUUACAAACAAAUUAUAUGUUAUGAAUUCCUCUUAUCAGACAAAGGAAGUAGGUAUCAAAAUCACUCUUAACAUCGAUAAGUCUAAGGAUACAGAUCAGUUCAACUACUUAAAGAAUGGUAAUUUUAGAACAUACACUCCUAAGCCAGGUUAUCUAUUCACCAAGAUUAUGAAAAAGGGAUUAGUUACUAGUGGUGUUGAUAUCUGGGAGUCUAAAGAAGAUGACCAAGCACUUAAGGCAGUACUCAUUGGUUCUAAAAAAAAUUCGAAAUACCUAUCCAUUCUCAUUCAGAGUGGUACAUUUGUACUACUUUUUAAGUCUGGUAAAAAUAAGUCUUGGGUAAAUGUAACUUCUGAGAGACCAGAUGUUACUAAGCUUAAGUUCCUUUUUGAGAAUGAUAUUGAACUCUAUUCAUCAGAUUAUGAUCGAAUCCUGUUCGAGCCAACAUAUGGAUACAAGUUCAAUGAUGGUGUCAACUGUAAGUAUAUCACGUAUUCCGAUGAAUUUGUUUGGAAACACACUGAUGAUACUAAGUUCAAGUCCAUCACUAUCUUCUACCUAGAUCUCAUUUCUAACAAAUUAUUUGUUAAGAAUUCCUCAAAUCAUAAAAUGCAAGUAGGUAUCAAGGUCGCCCUGGAUAUCGAUAAGACUGAAUCUACAGAAAAGUAUUACUUUAAUGAUCAAAAUGGAGUCAUCACAUUUAAACCUAAGCCUGGGUUUUUGUUCAACAAUGUAACUCACGGUACUACUGAUAUUUGGGAAUCCAAGCCUGGUCUUUAUGGUUCCUUAGUUAUGACAAAGACUGAAGAUGGUGCUAGAUAUAUUGCCAUACUUAUGACUAAUAAUGAAUUUGUAUUACUAAAAUUAUCUGGUAAGGAUUUGAAGGACAUAACCUCUGAGAGACCCGAUCUGAAGAAACUUAAGUUCCUUGGAGAUAACGAUACUGAAAUCACUGAAUCAGACUACGAUGUUACAUUAGAAAAUGACUCAUAUACCAUCACAUUCGAUGAAGAUGUCAAGUGUAAGAAGAUUAAGUAUGUAGAUGAUGACCUUUGGACUCAUACUGAUGAUACUAACUUUUCUGAUAUAAAGUCAUUUCAACUUGAUAUUUUUAUGAAUAGAUUCUAUGUUACCAAUUCAUCAGAUAAGACUAAACAAGUUGAUAUAAAGGUCACUCUUGACCUAGAGAAGACUGAGACCACUGAUAAGUUCGAAUACAUAAAGGAUGGUGAUUGUGAAAAAUAUUCUCCCAAGCCUGGAUAUGUUUUUAACAAGAUAUCUGAAGGUACCACUGGUAUCUGGGAAUCCAAAGAUAAUGUCUAUGCUACCUUAGUUAGAACUAAGUCUAAGAAUGGUGUUAAGUACCUAGCUCUCCUAAUGACUGAUGAUAUGUUCACAGUUUUCCAAGAAGAGGCUGGUGAGUGGCAUGAUAUCACAUCUGACAGACAUGAUCUUUCUAAGCUUACAUUCUUUGGUGAAAACGAUACUGAGAUCACCAAGUCUCAAUACACAGUUACUCUCCAAGAUCUAUCAUAUACGUACAAAUUCAACGAUGGUGUCACCUGUAGAAAGAUCACAUACAAUAAUACUCCACUGUGGACACACUCUGAUGAUACUGAUUUUUCAGAUAUAAAGUCACUUUCAUUGGAUCUUCCAAAGAACAAAUUUAGUGUAACGAAUAAGUCUGAUGAGAAAAAAGAAGUAGAUGUAAAGGUCUCUCUGGAUAUUCAAAGAACUCAAAGUACUAAUCAGUUUGACUAUACUGAUGACAAUGGAGUCGUAUCAUUCACACCUAAAUCUAGCCACGUGUUUAAUAAGGUAUCUGAAGGUAAUACUGUUAUUUGGGAAUCUAGGGAUGAUGUCUAUUGUACUUUGGUUAGGACAAAAUCUGUAGAUGGUGUUAGAUUCCUAGCUCUUCUUCUAGAAAAUAGUUUGUUCAAACUAUUCCAUCUCGACGGUAAUAACUGGAAAGAUUUAACUUCUGAUAGACCCGAUAUUACUAACCUCAAGUUCCUUGAUGACAACAAUCUUGAGCUCAAGUCUUCUGACUACCAGGUUAAGUUAGUCGGCCUAUCCUAUACCAUAAAAUUCAAUACCGAUGUCAACUGUAAGAAGAUCACAUAUAAUGAUAUGCCUGUUUGGACUCACACUGACCAUGCUAACUUCUCUGAGAUAAAGUCACUCUCACUAGAUCUUCCCAAGAAUAAGUUCAUUAUCAAGAAUUCCUCAGAUCAGACAAUGCAAGUAGGUGUCAAGGUAUCUCUGGAUAUCCAGAAGACUCAGUCUACCGAUCAGUUCGAAUACUUUAAGGAUGAUGAUUGUCAUACAUUCACACCUAAGUCUGGAUAUAUAUUUAACAAAGUAUCUCAUGUUACCGAUCCGGUUUGGGAAUCAAGUGAUUGUGUAUUUGGUACAUUGGUUAGGACUAAGGUUUCCAAGGAUGUUAAAUAUCUAGCCAUGCUCCUCACUAAUGAUAUGUUCAAGGUAUUCCACGAGGAAUCCGGUCAGUGGAAGGAUAUCACCUCUAUGAGACGUGAUGUUACUAGACUGAAGUUUAUUGAUGAUAAUGAUGUUGAGAUCUCUUCUUCUGAUUAUACAGUUAGUAUUGUAGAUCUAUUAUAUAAUUUCACAUUCGAUGAUGGAGUCAAGUGUAAGAUGAUCACAUACUGUGAUGACGAAGUAUGGAAACAUAGUGACGAUCCUAAGUUUUCAGAGAUUACUAAAUUUCGACUUGGACUAGUAUCAAACAAUUUCUUCGUCCUUAAUGCAUCUGAAUUUAAAAAAGUAGGUAUCAAGAUCUGUCUGGAUAUCGAUAAGACUGAGUCCACAGAAAAGUAUUACUUUAAUGAUCAAAAUGGACUCCUCACAUUCACACCUAAUUCUGGAUAUGUAUUCAACAAGGUCACUGAGGGUACCAAAGAAAUUUGGGAAUCUAAGGAUAAUGUCUAUGCUUCCAUGACAAUGUCAAUGACUCUUGAUAACAAGAAAUUCCUAGCCAUAUUACUCACAAAUAAUAUGUUCAAACUGUUCAAUCUAUAUGAUGGCAAAUGGAAAGAUAUAACUCCUGAUAAGUAUGAUGUAACUAAACUUAAAUUCUAUGGAGAGAAUGACGCUGAACUCAAAGCAUCAGACUACAAUGUUUCAUUAGAAAAUGACUCAUUUUCUUACAUAUUUAAUGAUGGAGUCAGCUGUAAGAAUAUCACAUAUUCCGAUCUUGAUGUGUGGACUCAUACCGACGACAAGGACUACUCAGAGAUAAAGUCAUUUUCAUUGGGACUUUCUAGUAACAAAUUUAGUGUCACAAAUUCCUCAGAUCAUUCUAAGCAGGUAGACGUAAAGGUCACUCUGAAUAUUGAGAAAACUCAGAGUACUGAUCAUUUCGACCACUCUAAGGAUGAUAAAUUUCAUACAUUCACUCCUAAGUCUGAUUAUGUAUUCAACAAGAUCAUAAAGAAAGGCCUAGUUACUAGUGCUGUUGAUAUAUGGGAGUCCGGUGAUGAUCUCUGUGGUACCUUGGUAGUCACUAAGGAUGAAAGUGGUUUAUUAUCCAAAAACAUUCAUCUUGCCAUACUUCUCAAAGAUAAUACUUUUGUACUACUUCAUAGCUCUGAUAAGGGUAAGAACUGGAAGGAUAUAACUUCCCAGAGGUAUGAUAUUAAGAAACUCAAGUUCUUUGAUGAGAAGGAUAAUGAACUCAGCCAAUCAGACUACGAGGUUACCUUAGUUAACUUAUCCUACCAACACAAGUUCAAUGAUUCUGUAAAUUGUAAGAAUAUCACAUACAAUGAUAUCACUAUUUGGAAACACCCUGAUGAUUCUAAGUUUCAGUCAAUAAAGUCACUUCAUCUUGAUCUUCUAUCUAACAAGUUCAGUGUCAUCAAUUCCUCAGAUCAGACUAAGGAACUUAAAGACAUUACCAUGGUCUCUCUUGAUAUUGAUAAGACUCAAAGUACCAGUGAGUUUCACUUUACUGAUAAGAACGGUGUCAUCACUUAUAGUCCCAAAUCUAGCCAUGUGUUCAAUAAGGUAUCACAGGGUACCACUGUUAUUUGGGAAUCCUCAAAUGAUAUUCAAUGUACUUUAGCUACCAUUACGUCCAAGGAUAAUAUUAAAUACCUUUCUCUACUCCUCAAAGAUAAUAUGUUCAAGCUGUUCAAACUGGACGGUAAUGAGUGGAACGAUCUCACUUCUCAGAGACAUGAUCCCACCAAGCUGAAGUUCCUUGGUGAAGGUGAAACUGAACUCACUCCAUCUGACUUCAAGGUUACAUUAGCUGGCGACUCCUAUGAAUACAAGUUCAAAGAUUCUGUAAAGUGUAUGAAUAUCAUGUAUGAUAAUAUGCCUGUUUGGUCACAUAUUGACGACCAGGAUUUCUCAGAAAUAAGGUCAUUUUCUUUGGAUCUUCCAAACAACAAAUUGUAUGUCACAAAUACUUCAGAUCAGAAAAAGGAAGUAGACAUAAAGCUCUCCCUUGACAUUGAGAACACUCAGUCUACUACCGAGUUCGAAUAUACUGACGAGGAUGGACUAGUCACUUUCACACCCAAGGAUAGCUAUGUUUUCUACAAGGUAUCUCAUGGUACCGUUGCUGUCUGGGAAUCCAAAGGUGACGUAUAUGGUACUAUGGUUAUGACUAAGACUCUUGAUGAUCAGAAAUACCUAGCGAUACUACUCAGUGACAAUAUGUUCACAUUAUUUAAUGAGGAUGAUAAUGAGUGGAAGGAUCUAACCAAAGAUAGACUUGAUAUUACUAACCUUAAGUUCCUUGGAGAUAAUGAUACUCCCCUAAAGCCAUCAGAUUUAGAGGUUACUCUCCAAGAUCUCUCCUAUGAAUACAAGUUCAAUGAAGAUGCCAAGUGCAGAAAGAUCAAGUAUGAUGAUCUUGAUGUUUGGACACACUCUGACGAUACUAAGUUUGCUGAGAUAAAGUCACUUCAACUUGAUCUUCCCACCAAUAAGUUCUUCGUUAAGAAUUCCUCUGAUGAGACAAAGCAAGUAGACAUAAAGGUCACCCUUGACAUUGAGAAGACUGAGAGUACUAGUGAAUUUGACUUUUCUGACGAUAAUGGACUAUUUACAUACAAACCUAAGGAUAACCGUGUGUUCAAUAAACUUGUUGAGGGUACCAAGGAUAUUUGGCAAUCCAAAAGUAAUGUUCAUGCUACAUUGGUUAUGUCUAAGACUCUCGACGAUGUUAAAUACUUGGCCAUGCUACUUAGUGACAAUAUGUUCACACUGUUUGAUCUUGAGUCUGAUGGCACUUGGCACGAUAUCACCAGUCAGAGACUCGAUAUUUCCAAGUUGAAGUUCCUCGGAGAGGGUGAUACUGAACUCACCAAGUCUCAUUACUCAGUUAACUUAUCGAACUUCUCAUAUACCUACAAGUUUAACACCGGUGUUGUCUGUAAGAAUAUCACAUAUGGAGAUUCUGAUGUUUGGAAUCACAAUGAUGACACCAAGUUUUCAGAAAUCAAGUCGUUUGCUUUGGAUCUUCCUACAAACAAAUUCUUUGUCACAAAUCUAGAUGAUCAGACAAAGGAUGUUGAUAUUAAGGUUUUACUUAACCUAGACACUAGUCACAGCACUGCUCAGUUCGACUUUGCUGAUAAGAAUUCUGUCAUCACUUAUAGUCCCAAAUCAAGCCAUGUAUUCAGUAAGCUUGUUGAUGGAGCCACUGAUAUCUGGGAAUCCAAAACUGGUUUGUAUGGUUCCUUGGUAAUGUCUAAGACUGUAGAUGAUGGGAUAUAUGUGUCCUUACUACUUACUGAUAAUACGUUUAAACUGUUCAAACUAUCUGGUGGCUCUUGGGCUGAUCUCACUUCUGAGAAGUAUGAUGUUACUAAUCUAAAAUUCCUCAAUGAGAAUGAUACUGAGAUCAAGUCUUCAGACUUAGAAGUUUCCUUGGUAGAUUUUUCAAUUUGCUAUUCACUUGACAAUGAUUUCAUGUGUCGUAAGAUCAUGUAUGGAGAUGAUGAACUGUGGACACAUACUGAUGAUGCUGAGUUUGCAGAUAUAAAGUCACUCUCUCUAGAUCUUCCAAACAACAAGUUCAAUGUCACAAAUACCUCCAAUAAUAAAAAGGAACUUGAUAUCAAGGUUACUCUGGAUAUAGCCAACACUCAUUCUACCGAUGAUUUUGACUUCACUGAACAUAAUGGUGUCACAACAUUCACUCCUAAAUCUGACCAUGUAUUCACUAAAGUCACUCAAUCUGACAAUCUGAUCUGGGAAUCCACCAAUAAUGUUCAUGCUACCUUAGUAAUGAAUAAAUCUGAAGAUAAUAAGAGAUUCCUUGUGAUCCUUCUGGAUAAUAAUAUGUUCAAAUUGUUCCAUCUUGAGAAUAAUGAGUGGACUGACAUCACCAUCCAGAAACAUAAUAUUAAUAAACUUAAGUUCUUCGGUGAGAAUGAUACUGAACUCUCCAAGUCUGACUUCGAAGUUACUCUACAGGACCUAUCCUAUGAAUUCAUGUUUAAAGCUGGAGUCAAAUGUAAGAAGAUUACAUAUAAUGAUAAUCUACUGUGGACUCAUACUGAUGACUCUAACUACUCUGAGAUAAAGUCACUUCAACUGGAUCUUCCCAAGAAUAAAUUUAGUGUAAUGAAUUCCAAUGAUGAGACAAAGGAAGUAGACAUAAAGGUAACUCUUGACCUAGAGAAGACUGAGCCUACGAAUGAGUUUGAAUAUACUGAUCAUAAUGAUGUCGUCACAUACAAACCUAAGGAUAACCAUGUGUUCAAUAAGGUAUCUCAGGGUACCACUUCUAUCUGGCAAUCUAGUGAUGGUGUUUUUGGUACAUUAGUAAUGUCGAAGACUUCCAAGGAUGUUAAAUACCUAGCCAUGUUAAUGAAUGAUAAUAUGUUCAAACUGUUCAAAGAGGAGGAUAAUAAGUGGAAUGAUAUCACCAGCCAGAGGUCAGAUCUCAUGAAACUUAAGUUCCUCGGUAAUAAUGAUACUCCUUUAAUCUUUUCUGACUUCACAUUAACAUUACAUGACCUAUCCUAUACUUACACAUUCAACACUGGAGUCAAUUGUAGAAAGAUCAUGUAUGGUAAUAAUGAUGUUUGGACACAUAUCGACGAUCCUAAGUUUGCUUCACUAAAGUCACUUUCACUAGAUCUUCCAAGUAACAAAUUGUAUGUCACGAACACCUCAGAUCAGAAAAAGGAAGUAGACAUAAAGGUUUCCCUUGACAUAAAUGUCACUCAAUCUACUGAUGAGUUUGACUUUGCUGAUCAGUUUGGACUAAUCACAUUCACUCCUAAGGAUAACCAUGUGUUCAGUAAGGUAUCUCAGGGUUCCACGGGUAUUUGGGAAUCUAAGGAUAGUGUCUUUGGUAUUUUAGUAAUGUCGAAGACUCUUGACGAUAAGAAAUACCUUGCAAUCCUACUUACCAACCAUAGUUUCAAGUUGUUCAAUGAGGAAUCUGGCAAGUUUAAUGAUAUAACUCCUGAUAGGUAUGAUAUUACUAAACUUAAAUUCCUUGGUGAGAAUGACGCUGAGAUCACCAAGUCUGAUUACAAGGUUGAUUUGGUAGAUUUAUCAUAUGAAUACAAUUUCAAUGAAGAUACCAAGUGUAAGAAGAUCACGUACAAUAAUAGUGAGGUUUGGAAUCAUACUUACGACAAGGACUUUUCUGAAUUAAAGUCAAUUGCUUUGGAUCUUCCUACCAACAAAUUUAGUGUAACAAAUACCUCGGAUCAGUCACUGCCAGUAGACAUAAAGGUUACUCUUAACAUUCAAAGAACUGAGUCUACUGAUGAGUAUGACUUUAAUGACCAGAGUGGACUAUUUACAUACAAACCUAAGGAUAACUAUGUAUUCAAUAAAGUCACUCAAGGUUCCACAGAUAUCUGGCAGUCCAAAAAUAAUCUCUAUGGUACAUUAGUGAUGUCAAAGACUGUGGAUAAUGAUAAAUACCUAGCUCUCUUGCUCACCAAUAAUAUGUUCUUAUUAUUCCAUCAAGAUCAGGACGGUAACUGGGCCAACAUCACUGCUAUGAGACAUGAUAUCAAGAAACUUAAAUUCCUUGGUGACGGUGAUAAUCCUCUAUCAAAUAGUGAUUAUACUGUUACAAUUGUAGAUUUAUCGUAUCAAUACAAGUUCAAAGAUGGAGUCAAGUGUCACACAGUGAAGCUAGGUGAAGGUGAUCUAUGGAAACAUAGUGAUGACUCUGAUUUUUCGGAGAUAAAGUCAUUUCAACUGGAUCUUCCCACCAAUAAGUUCAGUGUUACAAAUCUUAAAGAUGAGUCAAUUCAACUUUCCAAAGCUAGGGUUCCUCUGGAUAUCCAGAAUACUCAUAGUACUAAUGAAUGCCACUAUUCCUACGAUCAUGAUAUUCAUACAUUCACUCCCAAGCCAAACUAUGUGUUCACUAAGGUUACUCAGGGUACUACUGGCAUUUGUGAAUCCAAAACUGAUUUUUAUGGUACGUUGGCUAAGUUUAAGUCUUUGGAUGAAGGGAAUAAGAAAUACCUCCUUGUCUUACAAGAUAAUAAUACAUUCAAACUGUUCCAUGAGGUAUCCGGUCAAUGGCAUGAUAUCACAUCUAAGAGGCAUGAUCUCACCAAGCUUAAGUUCCUUCGUGAUGGUAACACUGAAAUCACAUCAUCAGACUACUCAGUUGGUAUUGUUGACUAUUCCUAUGAAUACAAGUUUAAUACUGGUGUAAGGUGUAAGAAAAUCAAGCUAGGAGAAGAGGAACUGUGGAAACAUAGUGAUGAUACUGAGUUUCAGUCAAUCAAGUCAUUUUCACUAGAUCUUCUCAUGAACAAGUUCUUUAUCAAGAACUCCACUGAUAAGACAAAACAACUGGGUAUCACUGUCAAUGUUGAUAUCCCGAAACUUCUUAGUACUCCUAAAUUUAUCCUUGUUUCUCAAACUCCACAACCUGAAUCUGCCCCUACUCAAACUCAAACUGCUCCAACUAGUACUACUCAAACUCCCAGUACAACUACUCAAACUCCAGAGACUCCAGAAACUCCAGAGACUAAACCAGUUACUACACCUGAAACUACUGAAGCUGAAGCUACUCCAGAGUCUACCUCUGAAACUGCCGAAGCUCCUCCUCAGACUUCUCAAACUCUACAGGCUAAGUCUACCUAUGAGCCUGUUUAUCAAACAUUAACAGCUAAGUCUGAUAAUUUGUUUGAUAAGGUAUCUGAUGGUAACACUGUUGUUUGGGAAUCCAAUGAUGAUGUCUGUGGUACCAUGGUCAGUAUUAAGUCUGAUCGGAAAGAAAUUCAUUUGGCCGUACUUCUUCAGGAUAAUGACUUUGUACUAGUUCAUAAGGAUAAUAAGGAUGAUACUUGGAAAGAUGUAACUUCUGAAAGAGCCGAUGUUACUAAUCUUAAAUUCCUUGAUGAUACUGAUACUGAACUCUCGCCAUCAGACUAUACAGUUACCAUUGUAGAUUUAUCUUAUGAACAUGAGUUAAAACCUGGUGUCAUCUGCAAGAAAGUCACACAUGGUGAUGACGAGGUAUGGACUCACAGUGAUGACACCAACUAUUCAGAGAUAAAGAAACUUUCUUUGGAUCUUCCUUCAAAUAAGUUUAGUAUCACAAAUCUAGAUGAUCAGAAGAAGGAGCUUUCCACCACCUUUACUAGGGUCUCUGUUGAAAUUAAGAAGAAAGAUCCUAAUCGUCAGUAUGACUAUUCUAAGAGUUCUAAUUUUCACAAAUUCACUCCUAAGGAUGGUAAUUUGUUCACUAAGGUAUCUAAGGGAUCUGAUGUGGUUUGGGACUCUAAAGUCGAGUAUGUUACCUUGGUCAAUAUUAAGACUGAACAAAAUCAGAAAUACCUAUCCAUGCUACUUCAGAACAAUUCAUUUGUAGUACUUCAGAAGUCAGAUAAUACUUGGAAGGAUAUAACCUCUGAGAGAUAUGAUAUCACUAAGUUGAAGUUUUUUGGUGACAAUGAUAAUCCUCUCACCAAGAAUGAUUACACUACUACCAUUGCAGAUUGUUCCUAUAGAUUUAAGUUUAAUGAUGAAGUCAUCUGUAAGACGAUUAAGUAUGGAGAUGAUGAUGUUUGGAAACACAGCGAGGAUACUAAUUUUGAAGAAAUCACUAUGCUGGAUCUGAAUCUUACCAAUAAUAAGUUCAGUGUAACAAAUAAUCAAUCUAAUUCUAAAGAACUAGAUUAUAACGGGUCAAUUACUCCAGCAGAGACUACACCAGCUGAUACUUCUAAACCUAAACUAAAACUACCUAAACUUCCUGGUGCUAAGUCCCAAUCUCAGACCUCAUAUACUAAACCUGUAUCUACUCCAGCAGUAUCUACCAAAAAUACACUUAUCUCUCUUGACAUCAAUUCCACUCAAAGUACCAGUGAGUUUGACUAUACUGAUCAAAGUGGUGUCAUUACAUUCACUCCCAAGGAUAACCAUGUGUUCAGUAAGCUUGUUGAGGGUACUAAGGUAGUUUGGGAAACUAAACCUGUUUUGUAUGGUACUGAAUUAAUGUAUAUUGAGGGUGUUAAAUACCUCGUUGUUCAACUUCAGGACAAUACAUUCAAACUAUUUGUUCACUUCGCUGGUAUCUGGACGGACAUCACCCAUAAGAGGUAUGAUAUUACCAAACUGAAGUUCCUCGGAGAGAAUGAUCUUGUGCUCACCUCAUCUGACUACAAGAUCACUAUCUUCCGUUUCUUUUAUACCUUCACAUUCGAUGAUAAUGUUAAAUGUAAGAAGAUCAUGUAUGGUGAAGACGAGGUUUGGAAACACCAUGAUGAUCCUGAUUAUUCAGAAAUUAAGAAGUUCCAAAUUGGACUUGCCUCAAACGAAUCCUUUGUCUUUAAUAAUAAAUUCAAAUCUAAAAAACUGGACUAUAAGCCUGAGACUACAAAAUCCAAACCUAAAUCAGAAACUCCAGAUGAAGAUGAGACUACUGAUUCUAAGGCUCCGGAGACACCUCCAGUCACUGAGCCUACUCCCGUUACUCCAACGGAAGAUGACACUGACACUAAACCUGUCACUAUACUUACUGUUGAUAUUGAUAAGACUCAGAGUACUGAUGACUAUGACUACAUUUUGGAACAUUGA